AUGUCCUUGUUUAGACAGAGGCGUUUAGUUGCAACCUUUGAGAGGGGCCCGACACCCUCAAAUUCAGAGUCCGAGCACUCCUCGGCGUCAGCGCCCAUUGCAACGCGACUCUACUCCCUGAUGCAGUACCACCGGCUUCACCAUCUCGACCCCAGAAUGGGUAAGGGCAAGCAGCUCGAGCAGCAGGCGUGGUCGCUCCUCCAGGAUUUGGAUGAGGUCGAGGUGAAAUCAAUGGCCGCCAAAGAUCUCGCGGAGUUGCUCACCGCGUGGUGCUACUUUGCCCGGUACUGGGAUCGAGGGAUGGAUGGGCCCUCACCAAGAAGCCAAAAAGAAGAUGAAGUAGCGACCAAAGAGGAGGAAAACCAGAGGUCAGGGACUGAAUCCAUUUGGGAUGAGGUUCCGCUAGUAACGCGCGACAACACUCAAGCUGCGUCUUCACCCUACACGCAGCGGGAAGUCAUGGCACCGCCUCGUCGUUCUAGCCCUCUGGAUGAGGUCUUGGAUUUUUAGUAAAACAGAACUGGUAAAAUUUAU